GAACUGUCACUAGUGCGAUCAGUCUGUGCUAAAGGACGGGUAUUUGUCCUUUAUAUGCGUUUUAAUCUGCGUCUCUGAGGCUGGCAGGACAUAUAUAAGUUAAUGUUCGUUUAUAUUGGUAGCUGUUACAGCUAAUCGGUUAUUCAUAUGGAGUUAACGUCUUAAAUAUAGCGUAAUUUAGAAUAAAGCUUUCAUGGCAAUCUCAAGAUGAUUAUUACCUAGCCAAUCCAUAUUUUUUCUUCAGCUUUUUUGUGUGUUGGACUUUUAUGAUUAUUCGUGACAGGAUGGAAAGGAUUAUAUCAUAAUAACGUCCAGAAAUGGGAAAAUGGGAGCUGACAAUGGAGCCUGUUCAGGAAUGGGGUGAGGAGCAUGAAGAUGGGGCGGUGUUUGGGGUCACCCUGCGCAGAGAGCCGGUCCAGCAGUCCGCCGAGCCCACGGAAGCUUUCGUUCAUUACCGCACAUGUAAAGUGCGCAGGUUAAAAGCAGCCACUCUGGACAAACUGGUGUCUCACCUGCUGGACCCCUGCUGUCAGGAGCAGGACUACGGCUGCAUUCUGCUGUCCACGUAUCGCUCUUUCACCAGCACCAACAAGCUCAUCGAGACGCUCUUCCAGAGGAAGAACCUGGCUUCUGUGCUUGACAGCAUUAAUUAUCCUAACAGCUAUUUGUGGACAGUGCUUCAGCUGUGGCUGGACGAGUACAGUGAGGAUUUCAGGGAUUCUCCUAUGCACUCUUCACUGCGUCUCAUGUGUUUACAGCUAAGAGGUCACCCGCCUCUCUUCCCGCUCGCUAAACAAUAUGAAGCUCUCCUUAAGAGAUUCCAGACUGAAGAUGUUGUAGCAGCUGUUUCAGCCGAUCUUACAGAAGAAUCCAACUUGAAUAUGGAGAUGAGAAGCUUUGAGUUUGACAACAUGGAGGAUUUCCUGGAUUUUUCCAUCCUGGGUGUUGCUGAACAGCUCACACGAAUAGAUGUUGAUUUAUUCAUGAAGGUGGUCCCUUUCCAGUGUCUGGGCUGUGUGUGGUCCCAACGAGACAAGAAUGAGAACCUUUCGCCCACUCUCUGGGCCACCAUCACACAGUUCAAUGCGGUCACCAAUCGGGUCAUCACGUCUCUGCUUCAUUCCCCAUCCUCCACCGCCUCACAGAGAGCCAGAGUUAUAGAAAAAUGGGUUCGAGUCGCUCAGGCAUGUAGAGAGCUGAAAAACUUUUCCUCUCUGAAGGCCAUUUUAUCUGCCCUUCAGUCCAACCCCGUCUAUAGGCUAAGAAAGACCUGGGCUGCUGUGAGCAGAGAGGCCGUGUCUGUCUUUGAGAACCUGUGUGAAACAUUUCCAGAUGAGAACUCUGUUGUGACCAACCGAGAAAUCUUUAUGGAAGAUGGGAGUCAAGCUGACGAAGACAGCAGCACUGCCACAAAACCCUCCAAGAGAUGCCCUUUAACAAAACAGAUGAGCACAGCUGGAGGGAUGGUUCCAUACCUGGGAACGUACCUUACUGUAUUAACCAUGCUGGACACUGCCCUACCAGACACUAUAGAGGGUGGCCUCAUUAAUUUUGAAAAGAGGAGACGGGAGUAUGAGAUCUUGAGGCAGAUCCGUCAGUUGCAGGCCUCGUGUGUUCAGUAUGUUUUACCUCAUCAUUCUUUAGUCGCUGCCUGGCUGCAGAGUCAGAAGCUGCUCUCAGAUCAGGAGAGCUAUGAGCUUUCCAGACAGCUGGAGUCUCCCCAAGACACUUCGCCAUCUAGCAGCGGCUGGAGCCACCGAAUGCUCACCAAGAAACUCUCAUCGCUUCUGUCCGGGAAUGAGGGAUCCAGAAAGAAUGCAGAUCAGAUCAGCGUGUCCUCGUCAGGAUCCAGCAGCUCUGAAACUGAGGACAUGUCUUCUCAAUCGUCAGCUUUUAUAUCAACGUCUCAUUCUAGCUGCGGUCAGAGCUCGACUGAGGCUUUUCCAUCAUCUUACACUCCUGAUUCCUCCAUCAUGUCCAGUUCGUCCUUCAGCUCUCAGCAGGACCUCAGCCUGAGCCCGUCCUCUUCAUCAUCUUCAGCUUCAUCAGACCCUCAGCACGUCUCGUCUCAUAAACGCUCGUUCUCCAUGACCACCCUGCCUUUCUAUAACCGACAGGUGGACGACUCCUGCAUCAUCAGGGUCAGCGUGGAGUUCUGCAACAAUGGCAACAUGUACAAGAGCAUACUGUUGACCAGUCAGGAUAAGACGGCACAGGUGAUCCAGAGAGCGCUGCAAAAACACAACCUGGAGGAUGUCAGUGAGCAGGAAUUCACCCUCAUACAAGUUCUGGCCCAAGGCAGAGAGUUGCAUAUCCCCGAAAAGGCCAACGUCUUUUACGCCAUGUCUACAUCAGCCAACUAUGACUUUGUUCUACGCAGAUGCCCAAAAGAUCAACGCAAACAACUCAUACGCUCCAUUUCACUCUCAUCAGGACGAGCAACAAAAUAACAGCUUCGAUUUCUGGAGAAUUUACUUCAUUCGGACGCUAAUGGAGAUUUUUUCUCUCGUGAAAUUGCAUCCACAAGCUUUUUUAAAGGGGACCUAUUAUGCAAAAAUCACUUUUUUAAGGGUUUAAACACAGUUGUGUGCCAACAGUCUGUAAAUAUAACCAGACUCCAAUGGUAAAAAUGUAUUAAUUUUAUUUUUUAUAAUCACACUUGAUAAAAACAGUCUGCAGAAACACUUUGAUUGACAUUCGAACUUUGUGCGUGUCAUCAGAGAGGGAAAGCCCCCCCUAUUUUUGAAUAGAUUUGAAUUUAAAGCGACAGUCACCAAAAUGGCACAAUUAGGAUCAAAGUGUAAACGGGGCAGCUUAAAAAACAUUGUUUGUGGUUUAUUUUAAGCUGAAACUUCACAUACACACUCUUGGGACAUCAGAGACUUAUUUUGCAUCUUGUAAAAAGGAGGCAUGAUAGGUUCCCUUUAAAUGUCCAUAAUGACUUUCAUUUCAAUGCAUCAGGAAACCCAAGAUGAGAUUUCUCUUUUUUUUAAUGCAUGCAUGUUCUUAGUAGAAAACGUGAGGACAUUUUAAAAACUUGAACUUGAUUGUGGGUCUGCAGUGGAAAGGCAAAUAUCACGGGUUCAGUUUCAUGAACUCGUAACCCUGUCCCAGCUGCUUUGAAUUGUUUUAAGUGACAAGAACACGAUAACAAACGCUGUACCUUCUUGAAUUCCUCACAUUCAGUGCAGUGAUAAAGGGAUGAAGCAAUGUUUUCGGUGACCUUCAGCUCUCAUUCUCUGCCUGUCAUAAAGAGAUGUUCAAACCAGAUACACUACUAUAAUGCGGCAAACCUUGAAUAGAAACACAAUCAGACACCCAUAGGCCUGGGAUGAGACUUUUAUAAAGGUCAGUGUGGUUAUGAUCAGUUUAUUGUGAUUAUACCAUACGACGAUGGCUUGUUUGUGAAAACAAGCUUUCAUAUUUCUGUCCGCUUUCAUGUGGGGUUUUCAUUCGAAGGUCAUUUCAUGAAUUUGUUGUUAAAUAUCACUAUAUGAGGUAGUUUUGCAGCAUUACUGAACAUUCAUUGGAUGUUUUUAAUGUCAGCUAACAGAAAACAUUCAUCUAAUGUUAUGGCAAUGUUCUUUCAAUGUUAUGAACAAACUUUUUCAUUUUUAUUUGCAGAUUUUAGCAGGGUUAAGACAAAUCAGAAACAUCUAUACACAUUGUGUCAUCUACACUGUAAAAAAUGCUGCCCAGCAGGCACACAACGUCAUGAGAUUUUAAUAUUAGAUUAGAUUUAGGUCGUGACAACAGGUGAUCCAAAUUCAUUGUCUAGCCAGCAUCUAAGGACAACGCUAUUUUGACGUCCAAUAAUGAUGUUGAUAUUUAGUUGAUUUUAGGUUGUGACCAAAAGUCCAACAUCUUAAACCAGCGUCAUAUUGACAUAAAAUACUGACAUUUAUUCGUCAGGUAUGGCAACCAAAAUCCACAUCUUAUAUACAUCGUAGUGGUAACGUCCAAACAACGUCAUGCUGUAACAUCAUUAGACGUUGAUAUUUGGUUGAUUGUAGGUUGUUAGAAAGUGACCAAAAUCCAACGUCGAGCUAACAUCUUAAACCAAUGUCAUAUUGACAUCAAAUACUGAUGUUUAUUCAUCACGUAUAGCAACGAAAAUCCAACGUCUGAUAGACGUCAUAGUAGUAACGUCUACACAACUUCAAGCUGUAGAAUCAUUAGACGUACCAAAAUCCAAUGUCGAGCAAACAUCUUAAACCAACGUCAUAUUGACAUAAAAUACUGACACUUAUUCUUCAGAUAUGGCAACCAAAAUCCAACAUCUGAUAGACGUCAUAGUGGUAACGUCCACAUACAGUAAUGUCAAGCUGUAAUAUCAUUAGACGUUGAUUUUGAUUGAUUUUAAGGUUGCGUUCUAAUGUGACCAAAAUUCAACGUCGAGACAACAUCUUAAACCAACAUCAUAUUGACAUCAAAUACAGAUAUUUAUUCAUCAGGUAUGGCAACCAAAGUCCAAUGUCUUAAAGACAUCAUAGUGGUAACAUCCACACAACGUCAAGCUAUAAUAUCAUUAGAUGUUGAUAUUUGGUUGAUUUUAGGUUGUGUUGGAAAGUGACCAAAAAUCCAACGUCGAGCCAACAUCUUAAACCAAUGUAAUAUUAACAGCAAAUACUGACAUUUAUUUAACCAAAAUCCAAUGUCUGAUAGACAUCAUAGUGGUAACGUCUACACAACGUCAAGCUUUAAUAUCAUUAGACGUUGAAAUUUGGUCAAUUUUAGGUUGGACGUUGGACAUUGACGUUGGCCUGAUGUUGAGUUCUGACAUUAGCCUGAUUUUUAUUUCCAAACAAAAUGGAACGUUCCCACAACGUUGAGGUACAAUGUCAACCUGACGCCAUGUUGACGUCCUGUACCUGCUGGUUGAGUUGCACAGAAUUCCUUUGUGUUGUCACAACACAACAUAAGUCAAUUUUUGUUUUGUUUGGACUCAUUUUAAAUAAGUAGUUUGAACAAGCAGCAGGAAAUAUAUGUUUUAAGUGUAUCGACUCCGCAAACAAACAGAAAAUGAAAAAAAAAAAAUCACUAUAAUAUUAUUAAACAAACAAAUAAAAAACUCAAGGGAUAUGAAAAGGGGUGGCAUUGUGGCUAAGUGGUUAGCAAUGUCACCUCACAGCAAGAAGGUCGAACAGAACAGAACGUUCAUGUUAUGUGGUGUUUAAAAUUCCUUUCAACGACAUAUUUUCUGUACAUUGUACAUGUUUUUUUUACGUCACUGUUUUUUCAAUUAACAUUCAAAGCAAUGUUGCCAUAAUGUUUGCGAAAUGAUAAAAUGGAAUGUUCCCUAAACAUUUGAAUAACCAAAACAAACCCAAAAGGUGCAAAGAACUUUUGGAAAUGACGUUUGCAUAACUUAUUAGGAACGUUAUCAAAACAUAUUUUUGUUUGCUGGGUUAUAUCUGAUCAGAAUGGAGGUAACCUGACUCUCCACAAUCAGUCUGUGUGUUUUUACGCACUUAUACAAGCUCUUGCAGAGUAAAAUGAAUGAGAUAAAUUAUAUUAUCACUGUAAGGUAGAUAUUUUAGCGCUAAAAUAUUUAUUUUUACCAGUUUAUUAUGUUGUAAAUGAUGUAAUGCAGUGUAAGCAAUUUGAAAGUACUUCUUUUACUAAUUGACACCAUUUCAUAUUUUAUUGUAAUGUAUUUUGACCCCUAAAACAUUUCACGGAUGGACACUUGAAGCAUUUGUGUGUGAAAUACACUGCUUUGACCUCUGCUUCUGUCUCUGUUGAACGUCUGUUAUCCCUCAGUGUACAUUAAACAGUCUCCAACAAGAACAGUGCUUAUCAGAA